AUGGCCGAGACCGCCCCUGCUCAGGCUCAGGAGUGGGAUGUGGGUGUGGGUGUCCCUUUCCCGGGCCUCCAGACCGACGCCCCGUUCCAGACCUCGGAGCUAUCGCUGUGGCCCGUGGUGGCGACGAUGCAGGCGGUGGAGAAGACCAUCUGUUCCCACGCGAGCCGCCUGCUGAACCUGGAAGGGCGGACCGGGGCCAUAGAGAAGAAGGUAAUCGACUGUGAGAAGACAGCCGUGGAGUUUGGCAACCAGCUGGAUAGCAAAUGGGCCACGCUGGAGACUGUGCUUCAGGAGUACGGGCUGCUCCAAAGGAGGCUGGAGAACAUGGAGAACCUGCUGAGGAAUCGCAACUUCUGGAUCCUGCGGCUCCCGCCAGGCUGCCGUGGGGAAGUGCCCAAGGUACCUGUGACAUUUGAUGAUGUGGCUGUAUAUUUCUCAGAAAAGGAGUGGGGGAACCUGGACAAAUGGCAGAAAGAGCUUUACAAGCACGUGAUGAUGGGCAACUAUGAGAUGCUUGUCUCCUUGGACUAUGCUCUUUCCAAACCUGAAUUUUUGACCCGAAUUGAACAAGGAGAAGAACCAUGUGCCCAGAAUCAGCUGGACUCAGAAGAGACAGAAAUAGCAGCAAACCCUGACCUUGGAACAGGGCCUCCAAUAUCUACCAAUGAUGUGCAACCAUGUGUUAAGCAAGAAGAGCAAGGGCCCAGGGAUCAGGAAGACAUAGAGGGAAGUAUCCCUGUUGCAGACCAGAACCAAGAUGCUAAUUGGGCCAUGAGUUCAGUGACAGAGCUGCAUCCUCUGGAGGCCAUGAAAAGUCUAGAGCUCCCCAAACCCCUGUCCAGAGUGGUCAGAGAAGGACUUCUGUCUGUCCCAGGUGGCAGCUCGGAUCUUGACAGCCCCACCAGCUUCCAACAGCAGCAGCCUCUCCUCCCCAGCCCAGGGCCAGGGCAGGCGCUGCAGCCAGGACCUGUGCUGCCCCAGCUGGCCGCCUGGUGGAGCCCCGCAGCCAGAGAGCAGCCAUAUUUAUGUGCGGAGUGCGGUAAAAGCUUCCGGCUGAGAGAGAACAUGGAGAAGCAUCAGAGGAGCCACGGACAGGAACUGCUCUCUCGGCCCCCCGAGCACCAGAGGGCUGGCGGCAGGCAGCAGGGCCCCAGAGCGGCCUUGCCGUGGGAGUCCCCGAGAGAAAGGCCUUUCCCUGGAUCCCCCCAGACCAAGACAUCUCGAACACGGGGGUCUCUGCUGACCCGAAGCCGACUGCGCUCCUGCGCAGAGCGAGGAAAGCGGUGCUCCGGGAGGCGGAGCCUGGGCAGGCACCCUCAAGGCCACCCCCAGCCCCGGCCCUACCAGUGCCCUGAGUGCGACAAGAGCUUCGUGUGUUACUCCUGGCUCAAGCGGCACCGGACACUGCACACGGGUGAGCGGCCCUUCCAGUGCCCCGAGUGUGAGAAGUGCUACAGCCGCAAAGAGUACCUCCUGAACCACCAGCGGCUGCACACCGGGGAGAAGCCCUUCCACUGCGCCCAGUGCGGCCACACCUUCAUGCUCAAGCGCAGUUUCAUCAGGCACCAGCAAAGGCACAGCCGGAAGCUGGAGAAGCCCCCAGGAUGCUCGCAGGAUAUCCUGGACCGCCUGUCCACUGCGACCAAGGCGAGCUCGGGAUGGAAUCCGCCUGGCGGUGGCUGGCUGGGGCCGCCUGUGUCCAGGCCCCAGGUGGAGGAACUGCUCUAUCCAUGGACUGGAGCCAUGAACCGGGAGCCCCCACCGUCCCAGCGGAGCUCCCCGAGAACAGCUUUGUGUCCCUUGUGGGCCUCCCAAGGCUCCGGCCCCCACAGCGCAAUUACAGCAGUGAAGACAGAGAUGUGGUUGUAGAUAGACGAAGGCCAACGAGAUGUGUGGGCACAGAAUGGGGCAACUGGGUGGCGGAAUGGGAGGAGCUCUGGACUUAGAGCGAGGAAAAUCCGAGUUCAAAACCAGCCUGGAGCACUUCGUAGCUAUGCGACCCAGGACGAAUCACUGUAACCUCUCAGCCUGUUUCCUCCAAGUGCUGUAUAUAAAGUUAGCUAUUAUUAUUCUCCCCUGGGCUGAGAAUCUUGGAGGAUGGUGAGUAUAUUUGCCCUGUUUGGUUCCCUUUUUUAUUUUCUGGUUUCUAGUUUGAUGGAAUGAAUGACAAAGUGCAAUAAACAUCUCUCCAGGCCUGUUUCUUCAACUGUAA